GCUGACGUCACCACGGCAGCAGGCCUUUAAACCCCUCACCCAGACAGCGCCCAUCCUGUCUGUCCAAGUCCAGGCAGAACUGAUUCCUUCUUGCGAGCCCUGAGGAGCCCCUCUCUCCCCAAACAUGGCCAACAAGGGACCUUCCUAUGGCAUGAGCCGUGAAGUGCAAUCCAAAAUUGAGAAGAAGUAUGAUGAGGAGCUGGAGGAGCGGCUGGUGGAAUGGAUCAUAGUGCAGUGUGGCCCUGAUGUGGGCCGCCCAGACCGUGGGCGCCUGGGCUUCCAGGUCUGGCUGAAGAACGGUGUGAUUCUGAGCAAGCUGGUGAACAGCCUGUAUCCUGAUGGCUCCAAGCCAGUGAAGGUGCCUGAGAACCCACCCUCCAUGGUCUUUAAGCAGAUGGAGCAGGUGGCUCAGUUCCUGAAGGCAGCUGAGGACUAUGGGGUCACCAAGACCGACAUGUUCCAGACUGUUGACCUCUUUGAAGGCAAAGACAUGGCAGCAGUGCAGAGGACCCUGAUGGCCCUGGGUAGCUUGGCAGUAACCAAGAAUGAUGGGCACUAUCGUGGAGAUCCCAGCUGGUUUAUGAAGAAAGCCCAGGAGCAUAAGAGGGAAUUCACAGACAGCCAGCUGCAGGAGGGAAAACACGUCAUUGGCUUACAAAUGGGCAGCAACAGAGGAGCCUCCCAGGCUGGCAUGACUGGCUACGGAAGACCCCGGCAGAUCAUCAGUUAGAGGAUGAGGGCCAGCCCCCAGCCCUGCCCUUCCCCAGCUUAUUGGCUGCAGCCAUCCUGCCUAGCCCACCUUACCCACACAAGUGUAGUUCUUCAGCCCCAGUCAAGUUUCCAGGCUCAGAGGGUCCAUCACUGAGCAAAGGGGACUGUGCUUGGGCAAUUCCCCCUGACCCCUCAGCCCGACUUCUGACCCCAAACACUGCUCCCUGGACCUCCUCCUAGCUCCCUCACCAUCUCUACUGUCUAUCCCCAUCUUGGGAUGAGCAGGGAGGGUUUGGGCUGGGGGCGGCCUAGGUGUGGGGCACAUCCACUGUCCUCCUUGGCAGCACAUGCCCAUUGAAGGAGACCCAGCCCAACCUCCCUCCAAUUUUUGCUGGAAUAUUUUGGGGGUUGAAAUUCAAAAAGGAAAAAAAUAUACAUUAAUCUUUUCUCA